AUGUCCACCUCUCAUCAUGUGAGUACUCAUGAAUCCAGCAAGAAUGCUCACACUACCUCUACCCCUGUAUCCACCUCUCAACAUGUGAGUACUCAUGAAUCCACCAAGAAUGCUCACACUACCUCUACCCCUAUGUCAACCUUUCAUACGAGUACUCAUGAAUCCACCAAGAAUGCUCACACUACUUCUACCCCUGUGUCCACCUCUCAACAUCCACCUACGACUUUGGAGACUACGGAUAAAACAAUGAAUGGAGAUACAGCACCACCGUCUGCGGAUACAACAGCAACAACAUCCUUAACAGUGACCAUUCUUAUAAAUAAACCUUUGGGAUUUUGUCGAGAUGGCUUUGCGCAGGUGCAGAACUGGUGCUUUUCUUUCCAAGUUCAGCCAGUAGGAAUGUACGACACAGUGCAUGAAUGUUCGCGCCAGGGGGCGGGGCUAGUCACCCUGGAAUCAGCAGAAAAAGAAAGGGCAUUAACUCAGUUCAUUGAAGAUAUGAAUUUCUUCGGUCUCCAACAGGAUAGAAGUACUCUACAACGAUCUCUGGAAGAACUGAUUAACACCAACAAAGACGCAGCCGCGUUUUGCGAGGACUAUAAGAAAUACAGAGAAAAAUCCAAAUCCUACACCAUUAUUUCUAACGCCGAGAUCCCACUCGAUUCUCACCCGGAAGACCGGGCCAACCACACGACCCCGGAAGGAUUCAGUAUCAAACUAUCUACUAUCCCUGGAGCCGGGUUCGGGGGGUUCGCAGAGAAGUUUAUACCGAAACACACAAUCAUUGGAAGUUACGAGGGGCUCAUCCACACCAACCACAAAGACGACGUCCUAUACUCAUGGCAGAUGGAGAAAAUUGGAUCUGAAGGAGUGUACGUCAUUGACGCCGGAAGUCCGGCUAAUAGUAACUGGUUACGUUGGAUAAACUGCGCCGGAAACAUUGAACAGGAAAACCUGAUAGCAGUAUCGUGCGCAGGUCUCAUUUUCUACAUGACAACCAGAGAUAUCGACCCCGGAAGUGAAAUGUUUGUCUGGUAUGGUGACGAUUACGGGGACUUUCUCAAAAUCAGCAGAGUCCACCCAGAGUCGGACCUACAGGGGAUUUUCAACAUCCGGAUCAACGUUCUUUCGUUUGAUGACGAGAAUCGGACGAUAUACAGUGACGGAAGUCCGGUCACUUACAUGAACUGGGUCCCGGAAGCAGCGUCAGCCGUCUUGGACAACACAGUCGGCCUCGUUCUGACAUACAACGGAAGUGAAUGGAAAUGGUUUCCGGAGAAAGACUAUCGAUACUUUACUGGUCCGGACGGUCUGCAUCUUCCCUUUGUGUGUGAGGAUAGAACCACUUAUAAUGUUGACAGAGUUGUCAAUCCUGAUUACAAGGAACCUGAGGCGAGAGAGUCGUCUGCUAGUCACGUGGAGUCAGACAUUUUAGCGGAACGCGACAUGAAACCAUUAAAUAAUGAAGGUCAACUGGAACCGGAAGUAGUUUGGGAUGGUUCAGUGUAG